UUAUCAAAAUUAACUGAAUUUUAAACCUCGUUAAGUCAUUUUAGUAACCCCAAAGGCAUAUUAUCAUGAUAUCAUCAAUACGUACUACAAUUCUUUUGGUUUUUCUAGCAAUUACUACAAUCAAUGACUUAAUCUCAAUUCUCAAUGAAAGACCUAGAUUUAAAUUAUGCUUUUGUGUUCUUCAAACAAUUUCACAGUAGCACUCACCCCACUCACCCCACUCACUCCUCCAGAAAUCUCCCACUCUUUUAAAGUUUUACCUCACGUAGCAACCCAUUUUGACACGUGUCCUCCAUGUGUCGUCCUUCUAGAACACUCUCUUCACUAUACACUCCUUUAAACCACUAAAACUUCCCCUUCAAUCUUCUUCAUUUUCACAACAUAAUCAAACAAAAAAAAAACUUACAAAAUUCCAUCUGACAAAAAAGAAAUAAAGUUAGGCAAGAAAAAAUGGCUCCAAGAAAAGGAAGGAAAGUAGUUAAGACUACAACCAAAGUUGUACAAGAAACAAUUGAAGUCAUUUCUCAUGUUAGAUCACAAGAAGCCCAGACCCAAGCCCAUGCCCAAGCCCAAUUCCAAUCUCCCCAACUCGAAGUUACCGAGCAAAGGGAGGAGGAAACCUCCGUAACAACCAAGUCCAUCCCCAUCGAAGAUGACGACGAAGACGAGACCCAAGAAGAGGAGGCCCAGCCCAAUAAGCAAGUGAAAAAGGAAAGCCCAACAACACCAAACAAAACCCAAGAGGUAAAGAAGAAGGCGGCAACGACAACGACAACGGGCCGAAAGCGGGGUAAGAAGAGGAAGGGGGAAGGAAGAGGAGAAGGGUACAAAAGGUAUGUGUAUAGGGUGUUAAAACAAGUGCACCCAGGGAUGGCAAUAACGUCAGGGGCAAUGACGGUAAUUAAUAAUUUUAUGAGUGACAUGUUUGAAAGACUUGCUGGAGAAGCUUCUAGACUCAAUAAGUAUAGUAAGAAGCAGACGAUGUCGGCGAGAGAGAUACAAGGUGCUGUUAAGUUGGUGUUGCCUGGUGAGCUUGGUAAGCAUGCUAUUGCUGAAGGGAGUAAGGCUGUUACUAAUUAUAUAACCUAUGAUUCUAAGAAAUUCAAGGAGUUUAUUAAAUCGUAAUAUAGGCAUUUUGGGACCAAAAUGUAUAACCUAUUUUUUUUUUUUUUUUUUUUUUUUAUUUUUUGGGUAGGGUUGACGUUUUAUUUUGUUGUAGGGAAUGUUCUGGGAUUAAUUAAUUGCCUGACUUGUUUAUCUUGUAGGAAGGCCCCACAUUUUGUUGUUGAUGUACGUAGGGGGUUCGGUAGGUUUUUCUUUGGUUGUGAUCUUUGAAAAUUGAAAUUGCGUUGUAUGUACUAUGUAGUGUUUAAAUUAUGUCAUUGUGUAGAUUCUUUUAGUACUUCGUAUUUCUUUUAGUUAUGUUGCUUAAUUUUCGGUUAUGGUUAGGUUAUACUUAGGCUUAUGGUUAAGUAAUUAAUUAACAGGCCAUCCAACUUGCUCGAUUCAAUCGAUUUUCCACAUAUCCCUUGGAAUUGCAUCCUCAUGUAACGAGCUUUAAUUGUUUAUGCGCAUUUUGUCAGGGAGCCAUAUGAGAAAGUGAUGAAAAUUAUUAAUCCGAAUUAAAUUAAAAAUUUUAACCGGAAAAGUAGCUCUAACCAAUCGAGCUACCUAUUAUCAUGAUUUAAUCUGAAUUUUUUUUUUUUGAAAGGUAAAAUACAUGGUUUCAUAAUCCCCUAUCCCAGAAAAGGAUCAUUAGAAUCUAAAUAUCCACCUAUUACAAAAUCGGACUAAUAGAUAAGGAUAAAAUAGCUGAUUUUUUUUUUUUAAUCAUUUUCAUGAUCAAAUUCAUGUCAUGUUAGUUUUUACCACAUUUGAUUGUACUCUCUUAAUAAUCUGCUUUUUUUUUU